UGUGAAGAUAGGAGGAAUGGUUGAUGUGAGGCGGGGCGGGAAGAGUGUAAACAUCGCCUGUGUUCUCACUGAGGUAGUCUUCCUUCACUGUGAUCGUAGAUGUGCUCGGAACACCGGAUUAUCCAAAUAGAACGCUGCACGCGCGUCCCUUUCCGCUGCGCGCUACCAACGCGUCACAUCUCACCAAAGUGCAUGAAAGAACGAGAGCAAAAGGUGAAGAAAACACCAACAAUUACCCGUUCCUGAAUCUUCCAGGUUGACAGUUCUGGAAACAUGCCGAAGCACGUGGAGGUAAGGAUGCACGAAAGCCACCUGGAACCCAUUGAGGCGAGGCCAAACUCCAAAUGGGGCACAAUAUGCCAGAAGCUGCGCAAGAACCUGCUGCUCACACUGACUGUGAUGGGUGUGAUUUUGGGAGCUGUUUCUGGUAUGCUGCUGCGUGUAGCGUCUCCAAUCGAUGACAACAUUGUCAUGGUUAUUUCCUUUCCUGGAGAUAUUCUAAUGAGGAUGCUAAAAAUGCUCAUCCUUCCCUUAAUCAUCUCCAGCUUAAUCACAGGUCUUUCCGGUCUGGAUGCAAAGUCAAGUGGACGUCUGGGUUCCAGAGCCAUGAUUUAUUACAUGACCACUACUAUCAUUGCUGCUGUGCUGGGGGUUAUCCUAGUGCUCCUCAUCCACCCCGGAAAUCCUAAACUCAAGGAGAAUCUAGGAGAAGGAGCUCAGAAUGAUGAGGUUUCCAGUCUUGAUGCCUUUUUUGACCUCAUCAGAAACCUCUUCCCUGAAAACUUGGUUCAGGCUUGCUUCCAGCAGAUCCAGACCGUUGUGAAGAAAGUAGAAGUUCAGCCUGAUUUCGAUGACACCAACAGCACUGACUAUCUGUUAAACGCCACCAAACCACCCCCUAUUUUCAAAGACAAGAAGUCUCUCCAGUUCAAGAGUGGAAUGAAUGUGCUGGGGCUAAUUGGAUUCUUCAUUGCCUUUGGUAUUUGUAUGGGCAAGAUGGGAGAGAAAGCUAGGCUCAUGAUUGACUUCUUCAGCAUACUUAAUGAGAUUGUGAUGAAACUGGUUAUCAUGAUCAUGUGGUACUCUCCCUUUGGCAUCGCCUGCUUGAUCUGUGGAAAGAUCAUCUCUAUUAAAGAUCUGGAGGUGGUGGCCAGGCAGCUGGGGAUGUACAUGGUGACAGUUAUUAUUGGUCUGAUUAUCCAUGGUGCCAUAUUCCUGCCAUGCAUCUACUUUGCAAUUGUACGGAAAAACCCCUUCUCGUUCUUCAUGGGUAUCUUCCAGGCUUGGAUUACAGCUCUGGGCACAGCAUCUAGUGCUGGCACUCUGCCAGUAACGUUCCGUUGUCUUGAGGAAAACCUUGGUAUUGACAAGAGAGUUACACGUUUCGUGCUUCCUGUUGGAGCAACAAUUAACAUGGACGGAACAGCCCUCUAUGAGGCUGUAGCUGCCAUUUUCAUUGCCCAGAUGAACGGAAUAGAUUUAGAUCCCGGUCAAAUCAUCACUGUCAGUCUUACAGCAACACUUGCCAGUGUUGGGGCAGCGAGUAUCCCCAGUGCUGGAUUGGUCACCAUGUUACUCAUUCUGACAGCCGUUGGACUUCCUACUCAAGACAUCAGUCUGCUGGUGGCUGUUGACUGGCUUCUGGAUCGUUUCCGUACCUCAGUUAAUGUGGUUGGAGACUCAUAUGGGGCUGGCAUCGUCUACCAUCUGUCCAAGGCAGAGCUGGAUGCUCUGGACGCCCAACAUGCAAAGUCUGAUGACAUAGAGAUGAUGAACAAGACCCAGUCCUACUAUGAUGACCUCAAAAACCAUCAUGAAAACAACUCCAACCAGUGCGUCUUUGCUGCUCAAAAUUCAGUCUUAUUAGAUGAUUGCAAGGUACAAGUCAUGCUUAAGGAGGUAACCUUGGCGGCCACAAACGGCUCAACUGCGGAGAACACACUCGUUGAGGAAGAACCUUGGAAAAAUGAUUAAUGCAAGCACACAGACGCCGAAACCCCAGAAGAGAGAGAAAAAAGCAACCUAUAUUCAUGAACAUAGAACAAAUGGGUUUUGUAGUUUAUUUCUAUGGUUUCUAUUAUUUUCUAACAUGUUUAACAAUAUCAUACUGUCUCAUGUAACACACGAAUAUGAGGCCAAAAGCUCACACAUGCAGCUGACAUAAUGUUAUUGAGGCAGUUACAUAAGUUAUUUGUGAUGCUAAUAAAUAAAUACGUAAACUUCCAAACAUAUGUAUUUUGAAAAGGGGUGAAAAAUGAGGGAGAACAGACAGAUAACAUAGCUUCUUGCAGAGCCAUCGUCCACUACUUUUUAUGUGAGAACAUGACAGAAACCUUCUUGUCUGCCUCUAGUUCCUUGGCCUUACACUAGACAGCUGAACUACGUUGCACAACACUGUAGCACCUCUUGGUCCGAACAAAUGUUACAACCACUUCUCAAAAGGCUAAUAUGGUGUUGCUAGGAUACAAAAGUAGGGAUGGAGGCGACAGAUGGAAGGUAAAGCACAAGUCUCUGGAGCUCCUUUUAUCACAGUGCUCACUGGAGAGGGUUUUUUUCUUCUAUAUUCUGUCAAGGAAACAGAUGAUAGGGUGUUUCUCGUAUGUAUGUUGGUGAAUCAGUGGCACAACAGCACAAAAACUUUUCAGGCACAUUCUAUAUUUACUAUUUCAGGUCUUACAAGAGCCCUUUGCGUCAUUCAGAAGUACUGAAAUAUGCAAUGCAUGCCUUACGUUUAGUUCAUUAUAAAGCACAAAUUGUCUAUUUAUGUUGUACAACCAAAACAGCGCCUGAACACUGUCAGUCAUACAGUGGACAUACAGCUGAUGGCUUCAGUGCAUCUUUUAAAAUAACAGGAUUAUUUUUAUAUAAUUCAGAGUGGUGUGUGCUAAACCUGGACUGGCAUUAUUAAUAUGUCCAGCAUGUUGAGAGCACACACCCCAUCUAAAGCAGUUAAAUGCCUUUACCCACAAACGGUAUACAUUUAGUCUAUUUUUCAUUCCACUGGUAAGAUAUAGAGGUAUACUCAGGCAUAUUAAAUUAUACUAUUUGUUUUUUCCAGGAAAAAUUUUGUCAGGGAAAAAAUAAUAAUAAAAAAAAUAACAUCGCUAAUGCACACAGAGAUCAUUUGUAUUAAGGCCCAGUUAGCCUGCUGCAGAGAACUGUUUACCUGUUUUUAUAAUCCAAGUAGAUUUACACAGUUAUAAAUACAUAAUGCCUUCAUUUUCAUUUUGCAAUUAACAGAAUUUCUUACCUCAGAGAGACAUUACCCCAAGGCUAUAAUAACUAUUUUAAAGCAGUUUUUAUUUUGAGCUUUUGAAAAUCAGAACUAAAUUACAGUAACAAUGAAGCCAAGUAGUAUUACAAUUGAAGGGUUAGAGCUUAAUAAAGAGGAGGAUUUUACUACUGAGCUGAUCUGAUAUACUACCUCUGGAUGUUCUGUCCUCUUAUUCAUCUCUGACAGCAUCGUUCCCUCAUAUUACAAAUGACUGUUUCUUAGCCCCACCAUGCUGCAAAACACUCAUAGGCCAACUUUCUAUCACUUCCUGUCAGACUGACCAAUCAAUAUGCACAUUCCACAUACCUCACUAUGCCAAUCAGAGAUUCAGACAAAAGAUUCUUUCAAAUGAAUGAUACAUUCAGACGAGCACACUUCUUCCCCGUGUGAUCUCGGAUCACAGGAUUCUAAUUUUGGCCUUUUUUAUUUUUUUAUUUGCUUAUUUGUUUGAUGAUUCUUUUAAAAAUCCUGUAUUUGUCAAAACUAAACAAAGAUAUCAAAAGAAUUCCACCCCUAAUAUGUCAAAUUAAUUUGAGAUAUCUCUCUAUGAUUCCUUGAAUUCUAAACAGCUAUUUGACGUUCCAGUGUUUCAACCCUUGCCAAGAGAAUAAAUGCCAUAUGAGCACAAGUUCAUGUUGCCAUUUUAUAUAGAAAUAUAAUCUGAAUUUUAGAUGUUGUGAGAGUUGCCCAUCAAAAGGCAGAUGUUUGAGACUGUUGAGAUUGUUUGGUCGUUGAGUGUUGAGCCACUCUUGUGUUUUAUUUCAUUGCAUGGACAUUUAGUGUUUUGCACCAGUUUCUUAAAAAGCAUGAAUUUUAAAGUGUCUCCUCGCAGUUUUUGUACAUAUUGAAGGCAGAGGCGUUGCUAGUGGGGGAACAGCGGGACAGAGUGCAACAUCCUCUCUUCCUCCUCCACCCCCCACUGAGGGGGACGACAGUCCACAAUUCCUAUUGAGGGAUAUUGACCCAUUGAAAUGUGCUGUACAGGGGGCCAAGAAAACCUAGCGAAGCCACUGAUUGUAGGUAACACGGAGUUGAUGUUUAUUGAUGUGACAGUUUUAACUAAGUGUUUUUGUAAUCCUAUAGAAAAUGUAUACCCUUUCUGUGCUGCAUAAUAAUAAUACUAUAGUGAAAAGUGUAGAAAGAUAGUACUUUGCUUGAGUUUAGUUCAGAUUAGCUCUCAACAAUUUCAUAUCAAUUAUUCUAUCUGAUCUAUGUUUGGAAUUUCUUUCCCUACAUACAUUUAUGUGUCCCUACAUUUCUAUGUAAUCUAACAUCAGACUCAAAACGAAGAUAUUUGUAUAUUAUUUAUAGCAUCUCAAAAUAUUCAGGCUAUAUUUUUGAAGAUGUUAUACAAUAAAAUAUUGUUUUAAUGUGAUAGUCUUACAUAUGUUUGUGUU